UUUCAAUAUUCUUGGGCGAUUCCUAGAUAUUAUCUGACACAGAACUGGACAACGACAUCAGAUGUUCAUAUUGUCGUGAUAAUUCAAGAGGUAAUUCAACCAGCAUUGUAUUUGUAACGUUGGGCGUUAUUAGGGGGGCGUCUGACGCCACGCGGGAUGGGAAGGGGUGUUUGAGGGACGUUGAAAUAUAUCCAUCCUAGUACCAAGAAAUUUAGAGGGCUGGUGCUGUGAGACCAGUCGGUCGGGUGCUCCUGGGUCGGUGACGCACCACGUGCUUGCUCAAUCGAGUGGGCGGCGGGUGGGGCUUUCCCAGUGGCUGCAGAGUGCUCCCAGCGUGCCGUGCCGCUUAGCGGCCCAAUUAGGUUUAGUUGGGCUGGGGGAGGAGGGAGGUAUGCUGGAGUAGUCCUAAAAAGCUCUGGCUCAAAUUUAUUCUGCUUUUCUUAUGAGAUUAGGUUUGAUUUGUAAGGUUGUGAAGGGAUUUUUAUUUAUUUUUUCUUCAUUUUUGAGAACAGUGAAGUGGAAAAGAGUUGAAAUUACUCACAUCAGUACACAUUUUCUCAAUAUACACUUCAAGCUAUUGAAAUACGAAUCGGCAGUAAACAACAGCCGCACUAGGGCAGAGAACAGUAAACAACAGCUGCACUAGGGCAGGUAACAGUAAACAACAGCUGCACUAGGGCAGAGAGCACAAAAGCACAAGAGAAAAGGACAAGGAAGGUGGGAAAAUGACGGUAGCAAAAGAGAGCCAAAAAAAAGUAUGGUCAUGAAAUGCUUUGAGGAAUUACUAAACAGACAAUACCCCCCCCCCCCACAGACAUACCAGAUAGACAACCGGCAAAUGAAGAUUUAGAAAUAGUAGGUUAGCCCAAAGUAAGGGAGAAAGAGCCCUGGCUAUCAAGUAGCUUAAAUUUGGGAAAGUACUGGGGCUGGAUAACCUCACAACAGAGAUGAAGAGAGCAGAUAUAGAUAAAAUAAUAACACAUAGCUCACCCUCUGUUUGAAAAGACAUGGGAAGAAGAGAGAGUUCGAAACGAUUAGAAAGAAGGAUAACUCCUUCUAUAUAUUACAACAUAUUGUUACAACAAGCUUUUUUUUUAAAGUGGUGAUAAAGCAAGUGCACAGUAAGUGUGAGAAGGAAACUCUGAAAUCGAAACCCGGAGAUGGAGUCCCGAAAGGCGGAUAACAUUGGUACAAUGAAACAUUCCGACAACUCCUGCGACGCCACUGGUGCCAAGCUGUAUCAUCCAAGUGAUGUUCCCUUGGGUUAUCCAGCGGCGUGGAGAGAGGCGAUUUGCUGUUGGGAACCAGCUUAUAAUCCUUCAAGAAUAAUUCCAGGCCAUGUGCAUUUCGUCCUCCGAAGCCCACUACAUCGUCACAUUGUGACGGACGGAUGCCAGCACAGUAAGUGUGUGGGCUCAAAUCCUGCAACAGAAUAUUGACCAAGAGGAAUUUAAUUAUGUUUAAUGAAAGUUAAGAAAGUUCCUUUUAUAUUCCAUUGCAGAUUUAUCUGGACUUCUUAAAGCUAGACGGCUAUUACUUCAAACCAGAUGUAACAGAAACAGUUCUAUCCUCUGAAAAAUACGUAGUAGUCACACACAGGUAACGGUACAUCAGAAUAGACAAGGCCAGAAAUAAAUUAUUUUAAAUUUUCAUUUUUUAAAUUUUUUUUACGGAAAAAAAAUAAGAUAAACGAUUGUUAGUACCAUGUCCCAACAAUCAUGUGUAAUAUCUUUAUCUUUGUGCUAUCCCUGUUUUUUGUGUGUACUUGUAGAGUCAUAAAUAUGGAUAACACUAGUUUUAUUUGUCUACUUGUAGCGUUGUUCCAUGGGCCCACGUUCUGGAACCAGCUCCCCUUCCAUAUCCGUCGUUGUGUUCAUUUUCAAAAAGUCCUUUAAACUCAUCUGUUUAGGUCCGCCUAUGACCUGUGAUGCACCCUCCUUGCCCUGCCUCAUUUUCUGUUUCGGGUUGAUCCUGAAGUAUAGGCCAAAACGUGUCAAAGCGUCCUCGUUUUAUAGCCAUUUUCAUUGUUUCUAUAGUAUAUUAGUUACUAUCCUAGUGUCUCAUUUUUAUUUUACUUAGUUUACAUGUUUUUUAAUAAUUGUAAAGCGCUUAGAGCUUUAUGGUAAGCGCUAUAUGAAAAUGCCUAAAUAAAUAAAUAAAUAUACACAUGUUUAUUUGUUUAUUUGUGUACAUGUAGAGUGGGAUAUGGAUAUCACACACUUAGCAACGACCACGGCCUCUUUGGUGUGUUUGUGUAUGGUGAAACAAAUGAGAAAAAGUUUUGUACAGCAGCGGGCAUGAAUCAUAUGGUAAGUUAG